CGUCCGGUCUCCCCGCCGCCGCCUCCUCUAAACCCUAACCCUAGAUUAGGAGAAGAAGAAGGUUGGAACCAGCGGCGACCGGCGGCGGCGCGAUGUCGGAGAAGAAGGGGCUCUCGAGCACGCUGCGGAACCUCAAGUUUAUGCAGCGGGCGGCGGUCGCGCAGAAGCUCGAGGAGAAGGCGGAUGCGGCGGUGGAGAUGGAGGAGGCGGAGGUGGUGCUGCCGCCCGCGGCGAACGGCGGUGGGGCCGGGUCGUCGGCCCAGGUCGCCAAGAAGUGUGUAGUGGUCAUGGAGGGUAAUCCACAUCCAGGAGCUGUAAAGGGCCGAAUGUCAUUCCAAAACUUCAAUCCAUCCAUUGAUAAACUAAAUGACGAGGCAAGUGGCCGCCCAACACAAUCAGCUUCACCUAGUAAUUCUCAUGAAGACAUGGAAAAUACCAGCAGAACUGAUGACGUAUCAGCAGCAUCAAGAUUCAGAGACUUUAAUAUUGACACUUCAGAAAGCAUAUCCCUGAGCGAACUAAAGAGAAAAGAGCCUGAGCUUGAGAUGGAAACACCACCAUCUCAAAAGCCGCGGAAGACCUCAGUUUUUGGGAAUCGCAAGUCGAACAAGCGGGGGAAGCUCGACUAUAACCUCCUCAGACAAGGGAAAUCGAAAUGAGCUGCAAGUUAGCGUAAGCUAGACUAGCUCCUGUACUCUAUAUGUACUCUGUAUCUGAUCAGAUCUGUUUGAUGUUCCCUAGAUAUUUUCUGUAGUAGCAUGUAGCCAGGUUGAACCUGCAGUGCUAUAUCUGUUAUAGAAUUUGACCUAGUGAGAAGCCUAUUUCUGCAUUGCAUACCUUGGGAAGGUUAUGUCGUUGGCAUUUUGGUCUUCUUUUUGGUGGUAUUUUUACUACAUUAUUAUUUUGCUGCAAGGUGUAAGCUUCUGUAACAGCUGUGACCAUUACAUGUUUGGUAAUUUGUUUGGUAUGUCAGUG